AAAUUUUCAACUCUGCUCUGCGUCUCAUUGGCCAUCAGACCUGCGCUACAUGGGUCCCUCUGAACGCUGUAAAGCUAUCUAGUUCAAGCUGGAGGUGAUUGCAAGGAAAAGGGCGCAAGAGCGGAGAUAGCGGGAGGAAAGUUUCCAGGACUUUGCACGUACUGAUUUCCCCGUGCAUGUUCUCCGCUUCGUUUCAAAAGAAUCGAGCGUUGGUGUUGCUCUCCUCCACGCUCCACCCUGCAUAGAGCUCCGUCUGGUUCUGGUCGGUCAAAUCGGAGAGCUCUCAAAUAUCCUUGUAAGGAAUUUACCUGCCUGAAUGGAAAUUUACUGACAGAGCUACCAGGAGUGGGGAUUAUUUACAGGGCACUUCUAUUCUUGGUACCAAGCUCUGAAGUCUAUAUGGAGGGAUCUCAGGAUGGCUUGCACCAGAAAGACCAAAACGGUGGUGUCUACUUGUGUGAUCUUGAGUGGUAUGACCAAUAUCGUGUGCUUGCUUUACGUGGGAUGGGUUACUAACUACGUCGCCAAUGUGUAUGUCAAAGUGCAAGAACCGGUGCCAGAGAAAAAGUUAGAGGAAGACAACAAAGGGGAAACUUUGAGGAUUAUAGAAAGACUGGAUCGGCUGGAGAAUGUAGUCAGUCAACACAUACAAGAAGCGCCUCAGAAGAUUGACGAGAAUGCUGCGGAAUCCUUCUCCGAUUCCUCAUUGUUCGCUCACUGGGGACAAGAUCUGAGCCCGGAGAACCGGAGAACUGCACUCAAGAAAUUCCAAUACUACGGUUACAAUGCCUACCUGAGUGAUCGCCUUUCACUGGACAGAAGCAUACCUGACCUCAGGCCUGAUGGAUGCAAAAACAUCUCCCACCCAACAAACCUCCCUCAAGUCAGUAUAGUGUUCAUAUUUGUAAAUGAAGCUCUGUCCGUUAUCCUGAGAUCCAUCCAUUCAGCCAUAGAAAGAACCCCUGCUCAUCUGCUGAAGGAGAUUGUUCUGGUGGAUGACAACAGCAAUGAUGAGGAUCUGAAGGAGAAGUUGAGUGAUUCAGUGGAGGAGAUGAACGGCCGUCAGCCCGGGUUUAUUAAGAUGGUCCGGCACGACAAGCAGGAAGGGCUAAUCCGCUCGCGGGUGAGUGGCUGGAGAGCUGCCACAGCCCCUGUCGUCGCCCUCUUUGAUGCCCAUGUGGAGUUCAACGUUGGGUGGGCUGAGCCCAUUCUCCUGAGAAUCAAAGAGGACCGGACUCGCAUCAUCUCUCCUUCAUUUGAUAACAUAAAAUAUGAUAACUUUGAGAUUGAGGAGUAUCCUUUGUCAGCACAAGGGUUUGACUGGGAGCUCUGGUGUCGAUAUCUUAACCCCCCAAAGUCCUGGUGGAACCUGGGAAAUUCUACUGCACCAAUAAGAAGCCCUGCACUAAUUGGCUGUUUUGUGGCAGACAGACAGUAUUUUGAAGAGAUUGGUUUACUUGAUGAAGGAAUGGAGAUCUAUGGUGGAGAAAAUGUGGAGCUUGGCAUCAGGGUGUGGCAGUGUGGGGGCAGCGUGGAGGUCCUCCCUUGCUCCAGGAUUGCUCACAUAGAGAGGGCCCACAAACCGUACACUGAAGACCUGACAGGUCACGUUAGAAGAAAUGCUUUGAGAGUGGCAGAGGUUUGGAUGGAUGAGUUCAAAAGCCAUGUCUACAUGGCAUGGAACAUACCCCAGGAGGACUCUGGGAUUGACAUCGGUGAUAUUUCAGAAAGGAAGGCCCUCAGGAAGAGGCUGCAGUGCAAGACGUUCCGAUGGUACCUUGUCAACGUUUACUCAGAAAUGAGGAUGUACACAGACACCAUCGCCUAUGGAGUGCUGAAGAAUUCCCUCAAAAGUGACCUGUGCCUUGAUCAAGGGCCAGACACAGACAACAUUCCGAUCGUGUACAUGUGCCAUGGAAUGACUCCUCAGAAUGUUUACUAUACCAGUAGCCAGCAGCUCCAUGUUGGUGUCCUGAGUCCUACAGUAGACGAUGAUGACAAUAAGUGCCUGGUGGAUGUUAACAGCAAGCCGAAGCUGAUUGAGUGCAGCUAUGCCAAAGCAAAGAGGAUGAAACUCUAUUGGCUGUUUACUCAGGGAGGGUCAAUCCAGAAUAGAAAAUCAAAACGCUGUCUGGAGCUCCAGGAAAGCCCUGAUAAUGAGUUUGGGUUCCAGCUUGUUCUCCAAAAGUGUACAGGGCAACGGUGGAAUAUCACAAAUCUCUUGACAGGGUCGUCAUUAUGAUAGAAUCUUAACUCACUGAGGUCAAGCAUGUCUCCGAACAUACUCUGCGGGACUGGGAGACUGUUUGAUGAGGAAAGACUCAAUAAAGUUUAUGCCUUCUGAACACAGGGUUUUGUUUUUUUUGGCGGGGGGUGGGGGGGAUUGACAGAAGAACUAUUUCUAUCAUCUGGUGUCCUGGCCUUCAUAUAAUAACCUCAUAUUGUAAAUGUUGAACAUUGUUCUCCUUAUAUGUGCUUAUAAAAUCAACUAGGAUUUGGUGAUUAGAGAGAGAAAAAAUAUAUAUUUUUGUGUGAGGUAUGCAUAAACUUGUUUUGUGUUUCAAAAUGAUGAAGUCCAUUUUGGGGAGUUGUACUUGACCUUAGAAUACCGUCAUUCUGUACUUGAUACUUUUUUGCUACUGUGUAGCACAUGUUUGCAACAUUUCCUGCUGUAAUUUUACUUCUUGUGUCUCAGACUAGUAGGAUCAGAGGUUAUUAUGAAAUCAAGUUGUAUGGUGUGAUGGAAUAUGUCAGACGCAAGAUUUUAAAAUAUUUUCUAAAUGUAAAUAUUGAUCAAAUCGAGAAUAUUUAUAAUAUCUGACAUUAAAAAAGUAUUGA